AUGGGAAUGGAGAGUGGCAGUGAUCGUGGAAAUAAGGAUGCUGCAGACUUUGAGGGCCAUAAAGCGAAUAUCAGACUUGCGGAUGAUGUCCGCAGCUUCUGCGCCGUCUCCAUAAUCACUGCUGCACCCUCCGUCUCCAACAGCCCCAUAGACAUCUCCCUUCCCGUCUCUGCCGACAACCCGACUCGUCGUUCCCGUCGUAUCCACAGUCUCCGCCGUCUUCAUUCGUCGCUCGCCGCCGUCGCCGCCACCACAGUCGUCCCCGCCUCCGCCUCAUCCGCCGCCGCCGCCGGCAACACGGCCUCUGCUGCCGCCGGCGCGUACGCCGCGCCGUCUUCGUUUUCUGCGUUCGUGCUUUAUGAGGCGCGAGAUCGCGGCUGCGAUUGUGCUAGCAGGCUCGGAGGUAAGGUGAUGGAGGGGCCGAGAAAUGUUGAUGUGGUGUGAAAAGGUUUGUGCGAACAUAUUACUGCAUGAAAUAAGGAGCAUAACGCUUCGUUGUUGAAAUCGAGUCGUUACC